CACAGUCGCAGUUUUGCUUUUAAUUGAGUUCUUUUGUCCCUAAAAAAUCCAAUUUUAAAUCGAAAUGCGUCAUUUUGACUUUUAUAAACAUCGUGGUCGUGGACACUGUCACGACAGGCAUUACCACAAGAGGGACCGUAAACAUGGUGGGAAAUUCUGUGAAAAAUUUGGAAAACGUGGACAUCAUUUCAAGGACAUGUUAUGUUCUAUGGGAGAUUUGGCUACCGCGAAUCCGCAAGAUCCUGAUAUUGAAGAAAAAGUGCGUUCGUAUGUCAAGGAAUUUUUCGAUAGAAGUUUUUUGGAGAGACAAGCAGGUAUGGAAAACUCGAAAGAAAAUGAAGCUGGUGAAGGUACAUCCAAAGCAGCUGCGAACAGAAUGUGCAUGUGGAAAGAAAGGGGUCGUCAUUGUGGCUCGAAAGGAUGUCAAUAUUGUCAAACUGCAGGUAGGAAUAUUUCUGAAGAGAAAACUCAAAAUACUUCUGAGACAGAAGGUAAGAAAUCAGAGGGAGAUACUGAAGAAAUUCCAUAUUGCCAACAUCUUGACCAUCAUCAUCGAGGAUAUGGAAGAAGACAUCAUGAGCAUGGCGAAUGUCGAGGUAGGUGUUCUGGAGACGAAUCCAGUACCAGAGACGAACAAUGGAUGAGAAGAGGAAGGCGACACCAUCAUGAUCAUCGUGAUCAUCAUCAUCAUGACAGACAUGGAUACCAUCAUCAUGAAAGACAUGGAUACAAUCACCAUGGGCGCAUGGGAUGGAAUACCCAUGGAUGUGACUGCUUCCAUAAUGAGGCUACUGCAACUGUGAAAAACGCUGAUUCUGGUUUGCAAGAACCAAAUCAGGAGGUAGGUGGCAGCGAAAUGCAAGUAGAUCCAGCACCAGCGCAGGAAAAUGAAGAAGAAAGCCAACAGGAAGUUCAAGAGGUGGCCGACAGUUUGAGAAAAUCGAGUCUUGAGUAGUUUUUUUGCAAGCUAUUUGGUGAGUUCUAGAAUAAAUGUAUUGCUGAAAAUCGUUCCAAUUAUUUUAUUGUUUGUUAAGAGGCAAUUUGGUAACUUUUUUUUUUUGGCAUCUAAAUAAGUAUCGAACUUUUUUUACUUAAAAAUACGUAAUUUGUGAAGUUACUCAUGAAUAAAAAAAUAAUAUUACAUUACAUUACAACCAAUUGCGCAAUAAAGUAUUUCCUUUCUAAUUCGAUGAAACACAAUAUAUUAAUUAUCAAUUCUAUUUUUACACAACCUUGGUAAACUGAGGAAUUAAACAUUAAAACUUUGGUUGCCUUUUAACAAAAUAAUAAACUAUGGUGAAUAUGCUGCACACUUUUUCUAGAAUUUAACAUUUAAUAUUUUAUGGGAUUAUUAUUUUUCAUAUUUAAUGGGUUAUCAAUAAUUACAUAUUAAACUUUGAAACAAGUUAUUAUUUAUAUAAAAAUUAUUAUUUUUGGAGUAGGGAAACUUAUAAUAAUGAAAAUAAAAUGGAAUAUCAAUGUGGGGUGAGUGUUAUCUAUAAACAUUUAUUAUUUGAAAAAUGGAACUAAUAAUGUUAUUAUUUUUAGUGUAGAAGAAAUUCAACACUUUAUUAAUUAUAAUAAUAAAUAAAUGAAAAAUGUGUUGUUGUUUUAUUUAUUAAAUUUAUAAGGUAUUUAAUAGCAUAGG